CUCGCACGCGUCAACGAGCUCCUACGAAAUAGGUCUGAAAUAGGUCUUGGUUCUAUUUUUGACGAUUGACGCACUGCAAGUCCAGCCUCUCCCAUCUCAUUGAUUUUUAGGAGCAUAUACCCACGCAGGUGAUUGGAAGCUGGCGGUCCACACUCCAGUCCAGUUGUUGGUGGUAAUGCACCUCAAAGUUGGUUGCUAACUGCCAUAUAAAGUCGAUUACUAGAAACUAUCUAAAUUUCCCCAUUUAUCUGUGGAUUAAUUGACGGAUUAGAUAACACGAUGUUGUGUGACUCAAAAUGGGUCACAUUUCUACAAAGAUCCAGGAAAAAAAGGACCCUGCGCAUUUCAGCAGGGCCCAGAAAGACAGGAUGGCAUCACCUGUGGAUGUCAUUGUGGUGGGAGCUGGGAACCGUGGGGAGACAUACUCACACUUUGCCUCCCUCCAGCCUCAACGCAUGCGAGUCAUUGGAGUGGCUGACCCCAGGAAAUUUGCACGGGAGAAACUUCAGAAGCAACACAGAAUAGCAGAUGUCAACGUGUUUGCUGAUUGGCGUGCUAUAGUACAAAGGGAGAAGUUUGCUGAUGCUGUGUUCAUUUGUACUCCAGACCGCCAACAUAAGAACCCCGCUGUGGCACUGGCAAAGAAAGGCUACCAUAUUCUUCUGGAGAAGCCCAUGGCUGUAACAGCUGAGGACUGCACAGAGAUUGUAAGAACUUGCAUUCAAAAUGGUGUGAUGCUAACAGUGUGCCAUGUCCUCCGAUAUGACCCUGUCAUUCACAAGAUAAAAGUGCUGAUGGACAGUGGAGCGAUUGGAGACCCGGUCCAUAUUCAACACCUAGAACCAGUGGGUUUCUUUCACUUUGCCCACUCCUUUGUUCGAGGGAACUGGAGGAAUGAGGCUGAGAGCUCUUUUGCACUUCUGGCCAAAUCCUGCCAUGACAUUGACUUGAUACAUCACUGGGCUGGAGGACGAAGGUGUUUGAAAGUGUCAUCAUUUGGAUCUCUCAGUCACUUCCGCAAAGAGAAAAGGCCACCAGGUGCUGCAGACCGCUGCCUAGACUGCCCUGUAGAGGAAUCUUGCCCAUAUUCUGCACGCAAGAUCUACCUGGACAGAGUCAAACAGGGCUGUGUGGGCUGGCCCGUGUCUGUGAUAUGUUCCAGCUCUCUCCCAGACAUUGAGUCUGUGACCGAGGCUCUGAAAUCAGGGCCGUACGGCCGCUGUGUCUACCAGUGUGACAACGACGUCUGCACCAACCAGGUGGUGAACAUGGAGUUUGAAGGGGGUCUUACAGCUGCUUUUUCCAUGGUGGCAUUUACAGAGGAGAUAUGUAAGCGGAGGACCACCAUCUAUGGCAGCAAGGGGGAGCUGUCGUGUGACGGACAUGAGAUUCGAGUGUUUGACUUCCUCACAGGGAGGGCCACCAAGCACACAGCAGAGACUUGCGCCCCAGGGGCCUUUGGCAUGGGCGGGCACGGCGGGGCGGACUACCAACUGGUGGAAGCCUUCAUCUCUGCUGUGGCGAGUGGAGAUGCAUCUUUUAUCCGUUCCGGACCAGAGGAGACUCUACUGAGCCACAAGCUGGUGUUUGAGGCUGAGCGGUCUCGACUGGAGAGCAAGGUGGUGUUCUGUGGGACUGACCAGGACUAGACGUCUACAUGAACGGUGACGUGAAGGGACAUAAUCAUCAUUUUGAUCAUCAACAUUAAUGAUUAAACUCUAAUAACAGAGCUCACUCAGGCAGCACAUGAAAAUGAUUAACUGGAUAUUUAAUGGAUAUUUGAUUUUACUGUAUGUAAUUUGUAGCUAGGCCUAGUGUUGAGAUUGCUUAAUUCUCAAGGAUUGUUUCAUGUGCACAUUCCAUGAAAAUGAUUUUCUUAACAAAAUGUGAUGUAUGUACUGUUUGUCAUGUCAGCAACUGUUUUUAUGUGAGAAACUGAUUUUCAAAUAAUCAUAUUUUGCCAGUUUUCUAAAAUGUUGUGUGUUCUAAUAUCUUGUAUGAAACUGGAAUCAAGGCCCCCUCGAAGAUGCUUUUGAAAUUACACACAUGUAGCCUAUCUAAGCAAACAUCUAUAAAUACACCCCAUGCACUUACCAAAAAUGCCUCUUUUACUGUAUUGUACUUUGCUCUAAAUUACUCUUCUUUUGUAUCGUCAUUAGCACAGUAUAGAUGAUACCAAUUCUUGCUCCAAGACGCUGCCAAUUUGGAUAACCGAAAAAGACAAUUGUGCUGAUUUAUUGGCACGUUGAACCAUGUUGCACGCCAUAGUAAAAAUAAAAUGUCUUAUCUGAGUCUGA